UGCUGUGUGAUCCCUCCAAAAUAUCGCCCCACCGCUCAGCGGCUUCCGACGUGCGAGGCUGCGCUCACUCCCUCCCCGACUCUCGGCGCGCGCGUCUCUGCGUCUCUGCGUCUCUGCGCGCGUGUGUGUGUGUGUGUGUGUGGUGGGCUUUUUUUUUUUGUUUUCUUACUCCCUCUCCGCUUGCGCAAUGUAUUCACGAAGAAACCGUAAAGUGUUAAAUGUUUGAAAUACAAAACCGCCGAAUUUCACAUGCUGAAAGAGGACUCCGCUACUCGCGCGCGCGGCACUGGCGCGUCAGCGCAAUAGACUCCGCGAAGAAAAACUCCUCCGCGCUCGCGGCUGCACACGGGGACGCAGAAAAGCUCCGUUUCCACUCUGCAGACAAACGCUUAAAAAAUCAAACUGGCUCACGUUCUUCCCAGCCAGCCCAGUUUGACAGCUGCUCUUCACCCCGCUUGGAGGACUGUCAGCAGCAAGAGGAUGGCAUCAGAGCUGGCAAUGAGCAACUCCGACCUGCCCACCAGUCCCCUGGCCAUGGAAUAUGUUAAUGACUUCGAUCUGAUGAAGUUUGAAGUGAAAAAGGAGCCGGUGGAGCCCGAUCGCAACAUCAGCCAGUGCAGUCGCCUUAUCGCCGGGGGAUCCCUGUCUUCCACCCCGAUGAGCACGCCCUGCAGCUCGGUGCCCCCUUCCCCAAGCUUCUCGGCGCCCAGUCCGGGCUCGGGGAGCGAGCAGAAGACUCACAUAGAGGAUUUCUACUGGAUGUCCGGUUACCAACAGCAGUUGAAUCCAGAGGCGCUGGGCUUCAGCCCCGAAGACGCGGUCGAGGCGCUGAUCAACAGCAGUCACCAGCUCCAGUCCUUCGACGGCUAUGCCAGGAGCCAGCAGUUCGCCGGCGCAGCCGGAGCCGGAGGCGCCAUGGCCGGCGAGGAGAUGGGCUCCGCCGCGGCGGUGGUGUCGGCAGUCAUCGCGGCGGCGGCCGCUCAGAACGGAGGGCAGCACCACCACCACCACCACCACCACCACGGCGGCAGCCACCACCAGGCGCCCGGCGGCCAGAGCAACGGUGCGUCUGGCACGGGUCACCCACACAUGCGCCUGGACGACCGCUUCUCGGACGACCAGCUGGUGACCAUGUCGGUGCGGGAGCUCAACCGGCAGCUGCGGGGGGUCAGCAAGGAAGAGGUGAUCCGCUUGAAACAGAAGAGGAGGACCCUAAAGAACCGGGGCUACGCGCAGUCCUGCCGGUUCAAGCGCGUCCAGCAGCGGCACGUCCUGGAGGGGGAGAAGACGCAGCUCAUACAGCAGGUCGAGCACCUGAAGCAGGAGAUCUCCAGGCUGGUCCGGGAGAGGGACGCGUACAAAGAAAAGUAUGAGAAGCUCAUCAGCAACGGCUUCAGAGAAAACGGCUCGAGCAGUGACAACAACCCCUCGUCCCCGGAGUUUUUCAUGUCAUCGAGAAAAUUCCUCCACCUGUGAUUUCAAGCCCUAUUCCCCCGUGCCCUUGGCUUCCCGAGAUAACCUAAAGGCUGAGCAGUGAUGACAUCAAAGCGGCUGACCAAUCGCAAGAAGGCACCUACAAAGCACAACAUUCAGAAAUGACUUCACUGAAACAACAAAAGACAGGACCCGCUGAAAUCCCUCAAAAUCCCCACAGUGAAAUUCUUGAAAGCCUCUUACUACUCCUGUUUCCCCCCUUGAUAUUUUACAUCCAGCUUUUUUCUACAAAACACACACAAAAGAAAAAAAAAAGAAAAAGAAAAAGAGAGACAGACUCAAACUAACGACAUGGCUGACAAUGCCAGACAUUGGAGGAACUAUUUUCUCUUUGGUGGGAAGAUCACUGAUGCAUGCUUCUGUAAAUAGAUCAUAAUAAAAACCCUAUUCUUAUUCCUAAUAUAGGAAGCAUACCAAGUCGCUCUCACCAACCUCUUAAACCUUCAUGACUGUGGAUAGAGUACUCAUGGUUCUUCUCUUUUUCUAUAUAAAGUCAGUAUUCUUCUUACCUCCUUAGAGACCGUGUAAUUAUCAUUUCCCUUAUCAUUUCUCUACUCUUUGGAGUUAGUUGGACUGUAAAAAAUUGUACCUCCUAUUCUUCUUAUUCUCUUUACCAAACGGCCUAGUCUUCCUCUCCAGUAUCCACACUAGAACAUGUAAAUAAAUUGUGAAUGAAGACAACAGCAUGGAACAGACCACAGUGUAUAAUUACCACUCCCCUAGUAGAUCUCAAACCUCACUAUGUGGAUGUUUCAGACAACCUUUUUAAAAGUUUAAAAUACUUGAACUUGUUUCCUGAUAGUUAAAGACAUAGUCCCAGGUAUCUGGACAUUUUCCUAUGUAUUUGAAUAGACGCAUAAAGGCAGUAGUUAUAGGUAAUGUGAUUAUUUGAUCUAUCUUGCAAGGAUUAUAAGGCAGCAAUUAUUUUUGGUAUCAUCAGUCAGUUGCACUGAGAAACAAACUGUCAAACUGAAGAGGGAAUGCAGGCUGUUCACUCAAGCCACGUGUCAACCUUGGCAUUUAUAAACUUAUUUUAUUUUUAUUUUUUUUCCAUUUACAAUUUAAUUUUACAUUAUAUUUAUUAUUUUCUCCCUGUGGCUAACUACUUAUUCUUUCCCAUUGCAAUAACUGUCCCCUCCCUUACACACAUUUGGGUUGGACACAGUAGCUGUCAGCCUGAGAGGACACUUUUUUUUCUUUGCAUGGUUUGAAAUGGUGCUCUGAUCCUGAGCCUGCACAUGGGGACAAAGAACACGUCAUCUGAUUGCAACGUAGACAUGAGGCCUCUGACCUCCGUCUUCCAUGGACUAUCAAGAUAACCAAAUGGACUGACAGAUCAUAUGCCAAGCCAAUGAACAGACAACCUCAAACUCCGUCACUAGUAAAGACAGGAAGAAAAAAAAACCUUUGCAUGGACAAGGAAAAAUGCUAGCUCGUUGAACACCUCAUCUUCAUCAUUGUGCAUCCUCUACCUCUUAGUGUAUGUUAUGCAUCAAGGAAUCCAUGACUUUUCAGCGUACAGCGGAGGGGUCACAUACAGUAGAAGAGUGAGUCACUCUGCAUUGAAUCGUACUGAUGGACACACGUGGCGACGGGGAAGACAAAACAAACGUUUGCUUACUUUGACUCUGACACACUCACACAUGCGAGCGCAUGCAUACAGAGGCACAAUCCUACAGAGCGCCACUCCGAAAUGUUGCUGUAUAUGUGUACAGUAUGUCCACUAUGUAUAGUCCCAGAAGCUGUACUUUGCAUGUUGACUUGUAGAUGGAACGCGACCAUUAUUCAUUGAGGAGCUUGUGUGGGUAGGCCUCGUCAGUGGAUUGACUCUCUAAACCAAUGCUUUACAUCUCUUUACGUUGUUUUUGGAAAAGUGUAAGCUAACGUGACUGAAAGCGUUCAACCCCUCUCGGUCCUCUUGUGAAAGGCCCCCAUGAGCCAAGCAGUGACGCUGAUGGGUUUUUAAACUCUUUGAAGGGACACAUAACCUGCCUUUGAUGGCAGACAGAACCUAGCCACAGUGAGCGUGGGUAGGAGAAGAGAAGAUGGAAGGCAAACUGGGGCGCUCCAAUUAAGUGGCAGCACACUAAGUGGCAUGGGGCAUCCUGCCAGCAACUGUCCAUUCAUCCUAUGUCAAAGGGAUUUGCACAUCUCAAUGAGUCUACGCGCUGCCAGAGAAGUCCGAGAGCAGAGCAGAGCAGAGAAACAAAGCGAAGCUCGAAGGAAAGGAUCGUAGAGAAACAUUAAGGUUGUCCUGAACUUAUGUUGGAGUAUUCUCCUGCUCGGUCCACAUGAUCUUACUUUCUCGGAGAGUUCAAUAACCGCUUGACCUGCACCAUCAUGCAUGCUCUCUAGACUGUCAUGACCUCACGUGCUGUCUGAGGUGAGCGUUGAGUUCAUGACGAUGGCUCUCAACUCAACCGAAUGAUCAGCCUUGUGGUUAAAUACCUGUUACUCUUCAAGAGCAGUGUUUCUGUAACGCCUGCCCACUACUACUGAGCUCUUUCUGGACACAGCGACACUAGCAACGUCACCAAUUGAAAAAUGAAGAUAAGGGAGGAAAGUAUGGCUCCUUUUUGACUCAAAAUACUGAAAAUGCAUUGAAAUCAAACCAGCACACACACCCACACUUUACCAAGGAGAACAGUCAGUUCAUCAGAAGACCAGUGGUUACACACUUCACGUUCCCCCUCGUGCAGCCGAUUUACAUGAAAAAAAUCUUCUUAAAUCAUACACUGUCAGAGCACAUUGAAUCACAUAUUUACAGUCAACACGUAAACAAACUUGAAAUUAGGACUUAUGACUUAGGGGUGAUUUAGUUAAGGGAGAUUUAAACUACAGGAAGGAUGAAGAUGUCACCCAAACAUGACAUGUCGUAUGCGGUAGGAAACAAGACACUGAGCAAGUGUUGAUCUUCCCUGAGCCUCAAGGCUUUUCACUUUCUUAGAAGUGAAACAAAGCCCCGUUUCGGUGCAGCUGCAGGCAGUCUCUGACAGGCUGGUUUGUUUUUCUAUUGAAUGUAACUGGUGCGCUGUCGUUCUGCCCUGAUAGUCAGGCAGCGAGUGCACCUUUAUCUGGCAAUGACCCUGAGCAACAUCAGGACAUACAGUGUAUGUAAACAUGCACAGAUGUACAUGUUCAUAUACAAAAUGUGUGAAAGUUGAUACAAACGCAGAGGCACAUCCUUGCUCUUUUUGUCGAACACACACACGCACACACUCGUGCACACACACCAUGCUAAUCUAAACAGCAAGGCUGUAUGUAAACAGAUUGUCGACAUAAUGGGAUUGUUCAGUGUGCAAACAAUAAGCUGUUAGCGUAAUCACAGGUCAAAGAUAUAUUACCCAGAGGGCCAAGCUGUAGGUAUAUUAACAUGAUGGAUAUGUGGGAGAGAGGAGGGGGCAGGGAUAUGAAGGAUAUAGAGCUCUACCAAUUCAGAUUUACCCCCUGUUGGGCCCCCGUCCGCUGUGUUUCUCUCCUCUGCCUCCCUCGUAUUGGCCCCAUUUAAUCAGCCUUUGUCCUACCCUCAUUCACCCACCUCUUUCUUACAUUAGGUUCUUAGAUUUUUAUUCUAUUUGUUUUCUCACCUUGAAUACCUCAGUCCGCUUUUUUUCUAUCUUUAUUCCCUACAUGCUUCUCCCAUUUCCCUCUGGUUGCAGAUAGAUAUAAUUGCCUGCAGCAAAGUUCUGUGGUCAGUGUGGUAGCAGGAUAAAGCAGCUCCUCAAUCUUGUUUCUGGAUUAAGCAAAGAGUAGGAGCAAGGAUGAGACUGACAGCAUUUCUUAGCAUCAAAUUAGAGUCAUCCAUAUGUAUGUUUAUAUUUCUAAGUUAUAAAUAGAACAGCUACAUGUUGAUUUAGAUGACUACCCACUAUACUUAACCAUGCUGAAAGUACCAAGCUUGUGCGUCUGGAUGAGGAGCAGCAUACUGUGUCAGUCAGGAUAAAUCCUGUGCAGCGUCCUCCACUGCACAUACAGCUUAUUAACUUAUCUCUGCUUUAUUUGAUUACCAUCUAGCCCAUUCGCUCAACUGGUUAAUAAGUCCAUGUCUUCCUGACUAAACACUCCAUUAGUGUCAUCACUGGCUGGCUUGUGUGUGGACUGCAUAUGUCUGUGGUGCACUGAGGCAGAUACACUUUGGGCCCAAGUGACAGAGUAAACACACGAGCAGAACACGGGGGAAAAACAACAACCUGUGAGAUGGACAAUAUGUACAGAGGCUGGCCCGUCUGACGGUGACAGUGAUAGUCAAGAUCCUCUGCCCAUUUUGAUUCAGGUGUAGUUUAAGGCCUCUGUACGAAAAAUACAUACGUGAUAAAAUACAGCAGCUGCUGCUGGAAAGUUAAAGAUUCAAAUAAUCAAAGACCCCUCAGGGUUUUGUUUGGUCAGUCACAGUUCAGUUUAUUUCUUGGGGAGUUUUUUGUUCCCAGAGGUAGACGCAGAGUGAGCACUACUUGUUUUCACACUAAUCUCCAGGGAAACAUCAUUCUGUCUCCGCUUGGUGAAGAGGUUUCUCCCAGUACAGGCAGCUGCGAACCCAUAGUCUGAGUGAGCAGCUUCUUACAAUAUAGAGUCUCGGUUUUUUUAAGAAAAACUUAUAGUAGUGAAAUUAGUAAUACUAGUGUGUGGGAAAACAGAAGUAACUCCUCUGACUUACACACACACUUAUCUUCCCUCUCUCUCUCUCUCUCUCUCUCACACUCUCACACUCACACACACACACACACACACCCUGUUCCUCUGUCUGCCCGUGUCUAGUGGGGUGUCUCGAUUAACAGUGACCUCAAGCCAGACAUGGUUGGGGUAGUGGGAGUGGGGCCAAAGGUGAAAGGAUUACAGUGAGGCAGCCAGUGUCAACUGCUCUGCUCUAAUCCCGACCUCCAGGCCGACCCAAGACUCUGGAAAAAUGACUCACGUGUAUUAGCUCAACAUAGUGUGUGUACGUCACUGAAAUACACUCAAAGGAAUGCUAAGUCUUUUGCUAACAAGGGCACUCAAAGCAUUUUUUAAAAAUGCUUAAAAUACAGCACAUGAAGUUGCAUGGAUUUUGUUCCAGUGAUGGAUUGGACGGGGGUUGUUCUAAUAGCCAGACAGCAACAAAGACAGGACAGCCACCCUUAUGUCACAUAGCUAAUGACAGGGAUGACUAAUAAGAGCCUGUAAAGCCCUUACCACCACCUCAUUCUGGCCUGCACACAAGCUAACCCACUGGGUGAGCAGCUAGCCAUCAAGCCCCUCUCUGAGAUGAGAUGGGCUCCCAAGAAGAUUUGGGGGGAUGGAGAGGAUCGGAUUAACCCAAAAGCCUCAAUUGGAAUAAAUGGCCCGGGCUGACCCCGGUGUAAUACCAUUGAUAAAUGCUGUAAACCAAAUCUUUAGCAUCUGAUUAAGUAGUGGAGGAUAAUGCAUCAUUUUAGCAACCAUUAGCUGUGGUGAGACGGCCCGAAACACAAACAAGAGGGUAUCCAAACCCACACAAGCCGAGUGUGUUAUAAGCAGCCGGGACUUUUACAAAUACCCAAGUUGCUAUUAUAGAAAUAAAUAAAUGGAGAAAUAAUAAAUCGCCAGGAGCUGUGGACAGGUGGCAUUUGAGCCUGCACCAUUUAGCUGUGCAGUCUGGUUUCUGACAGCUUGAUUUAGUCUCCCGCACCUGAGCCAGGGAAGAGAGAGGAAAUUAACGGCAUGAAAAACAGCUUUACUUGAUUCCAAUUUGCCUGCCUUGAAACAAAAUGAUACCUGGUACCUGUACCACGAUUAUUGUAAUCAGGCAACUACUGGUGAGGCACCGUCAGGAAGGUGACAGCACUGACGUGGUUCACACUCGCUGCGCCAUCUGAGCCUGCUUCUGUUUAGAGGAGACAUGAGGGUUUGUCUUUAGGGUGUAAAACAGAGAUUAAUGUGGCUCAAGGGGAGAUGGCAGGAUGCAUGCUGCCCUCCCUGCUGUGAACAGGGUGUAAUCCUACAGUUCUGGAGAAGUGAAAAGUUUGUAGAGUCCAGAAAGUUACGCAUACAUCCCUUCUGGGCCCCCGACCGAGCAGAGAGAGGGAAGCAGCAGGGGAUAACCAUAUGUUAUCAAAGUGUUCUUCAAAGCUCCCGUCUUUAGUCCACUAAAUUAUACAGUAUCAUCACAUACUGUAUACCUGACAAAAAUAGAAGAAACAUCAUUAUCAUUAUGCAGCUCAGUGUACAAACACAGACAUUUCUUAAAAAAUAUGUUUGUUUUUUUAAAGUGUUGCCUUUGAACAAUGGACGGACAUUUAUGUUUUUUUAACGGAUGGAUGUCUUUGUUUAAACUUUAUUUAAACUGUGGCCAUGUCCCAAUCACGCGGGUCAGCUCAUGAUUUUGUAUUUACAUGCUUUUAAAAUACCGCUACUGCUGGACAAUUAAAAAUUUAUGGUUCCUAUCACAAUGAGCCCCUUCUGUUACCAGAGGUUAAUUUGUGUUCGCCCCUCAUUUCAAUUGUACUGUAGUAAAUGUCCACAUUAUUUCCCACAUGGGCCUGGAUGAGGGGUUUGAUUAUCCAAAGGAAGGCCACGGUUGGCUCUGUUAUCGUCAGAGGGGUCGUAAGCUGCAGUAACGGCUUCUAGGGUCUUAUUGCUAUGGCGAUCAGCCCCUUGCCACUUGGCCUCCGUGACCCCAGUCAGAGAUAAGCUUUAUAGGAAAGCACAUUAACAUGCUCUGGCAGUCACCUCCCUCCUUUAUCAAAGGCAAUGCUAUGAAACCCAGUGUUUAUGGAGCCCCAGUGAGGGAGUAGAGCCGCUGAUUGCCUAUAUUAGAGGUGGAGUGUAAAUGAGCUGGAGGUGGACAAAGGACCUGUAGUCGUGGGGAGAACUGAGGAUGUGAUACUGAUGUUAUUCUCACUAAAUGAGCAAUAUCUUUAAUGACUGCAACACCCCAGAGCAGGUCGCCAGCCCCUGGGUUACAAAUACCGUCUAACUAUAUUCAUGUCUUCCAUUCUUUUUUAGAAAAACUGGCACUACCAUGAGCAACGAUAUGAUAUAUCAUUAUAUUUUGAAGAUGUUCAAUCUAUGAGCACUGCUGUACACUGUAAGCAACAGAAUCUUCCUUGUGUUACACUGGUUGUAGUAACUCAAUUGUCAGCAGUCGCGUCUUUAUUUCCCUGCACGUGUCACAUGCAUAUGGGCAUUUUCCUGUGGCCACGGACAACACGAGGUUAAACAAAACCACGGAGGUCUCAGAAGUGUGCGUCUCCUUACGGUCUGAUCACUGGUGAAAGAUCCUCUCAGUACCUCCACAGUGAUAGACGCUGACGGCCCUGUGUCUUUGUACACAUCAGGGGGCCCUAUGUUGUCGCUGGACAGAUAGAGGGAGCGAGGAAGACAAAGAUGUAGCCACAGCUUAAUGUCCUUCUCUGGUGCUGUGCAUGCUCUUUCCUAUUUGCUUUUCCCUUCACGGCACGGUUAACACCGUAAAUUAACCUUUUCAAGUCCCCUGUGCUCAGAGAGUGGUGCACAGUAUAGACAAAGGAAAGAAAAAAAAAAUAGAUCUGUGUUAUGCAAUGAAGUAGCACUGGUUAGUGAUGUAGCCUGUUACAGAAUCAUGCUAUUCCGUCUUCAGCAAUAGGGAAUUAAAAACCCACUUCCUUCAGUCAAGCAAACACCUUAUUUCAUGUGCAUGUCCUGUGUACUCUGCAUAUCAGUAUGAGGCUGCUUUUUGUUCUCCAUCCUAGAAAUGUAAAUGAAACACAUGAAAGAAACUGUAUGGUAGCUCCUUCUGUUCCUAGUUCAAGUCUGUAAAUAGGAUGUAAAUACCAAACAGCUAUGCAUGCUAAUAUACAAGCAAUUUGUUCAGGUACUUUUGUAAUCCAGACUUCUCAUAUGGCAUGUGAUGACAAAAUAAGCAAACAUGGAAAAAAAAAAACAUGAUGAAUUGUGAACACAGAUAUGGUUUGUAAACAACUACAAAACUGGAAAAUAUAUGUCUUUGCUGUUAAUGUUUUCUUACUGACGACUAAUGCAUUGGCCUGCCAUUUACUACAGUGCUAUGCUCAUGUUACUUGUCAUCUUUUUUUAUUUUUCGGAAGAUAGGACUGAGGCAAAAAGGACCAUAAAUCACUGGUUUGUGGAAUUCUCGGGUUGGGGGUUAAGAAGACGAGGGGAAGGAUGGUCGUCUGACCAUUUAUUUAUUUUUUCCAUUGCCACUGCACGUUCACAUGAACACACUUAAUUAACGACAUAUCCUUAGUGUCUAACACAGACAAUAAAAUACCAUGGCAAAACGGUUGAGCUUAAAAGCAGUAGAAACUAGGCUGCCAUUUAAGUUAUCUCACCAAAAAAGACGUAUCACCAGCUUUAAAGUGUGCUGUUAUUUUAAAAUAGCACACAUUUGUUUCUGAUAAGUGAAUGCAAAACCAUUGAAUAAACUAUGGAGCUGGAACAUGCAAUUUUGACUCAUUCCAAAUUCCCCAAAUGACGACGCAAGGGAGAGAUUUUUGAAAACAAUUUUUUUUCCUCAUUUGUAAUACAUGUCCAGUGAAAACAAUAAUCGAUAUGCCAAAUUUGCCUCUGCCCUAGCAACGCCAAUGUGACAAUUUAUGACGACAGAGAUGGAAGAAGUAAGGAGAGAAUCUUUUUUGGUUUCUAAGAGUGUUUAUUUUCAACCAUGUUAGAACCAUCUUAAAUCCCAAGGCGCUCAUGGUAGAUGGAAGUGUCUAAUUUUUAACCUGUGCUAAAGAUAUUUUAAAUUUAAUAAAUAAUUAUUGUAACAAGAAAA